AUGGAAAACGUCGAACGACGAAUUUCUGUUUACGAAACUCAAUCGUUGCCGAGGACAACCGCAGGAAUCGACAAAUGGAUCUAUGAACACGCAAUGGACUGCUUGGUUUGGACCGCAAACCAGAUAACGGCCAACAUCGAUCAUGUACCACGCCAGGAACGCUGGUACGAGAACAGCGACGGCGAAGCAGCGGUCAUAGAUGAUAACAACAUAGCACGGUAAGCACUUAACAUUAUUAGCUGCAUUGCUCCGCUCAAAAACAAACUAUGGUGCUUCCCAUAUGCGUCACGGUUAACUAGAUGAUAGAGUAAUCUGAUUAAUUAUAAAAACAUUUCCCUUCAUUAUUAGAUCCCUUUUCGACUCAACGAUUGUAAAAAACAUCGGUUAUCAAGAUCUGAGAGAAAUCGAAGUAGAACCAAACGUGUCAAGGUCGAGCCCAGCAGACUCCUGCGCAGUCCAUCGUUCUUUUGUACGAGAUGAAGAGCAUGAAGAAAUUGCAGUGCUGAGAGACCUCCGCCGAAGCUUCCGGUUGCCAUCAUCUUCAUCAGAAUUGUCGGACGAGGAGAAUAAUCGCUGUCAUUUGAAAUCAUGUAAGCCUCCAAUACAUGACGAGGCAGAGCCGUCCCAGAAAUAUCAAAAGACACAAGCAGAAGAAGAGGAGGAAGAAGAACAAGAUUCAUCACCUGAAGAUGCUUUCCAAAUAAUUUCGACACAGACGGGUUGGGUUAUGAAUGACGACAAGUACAUGUACAAAGUAUACGAGCACAUUAGAUGGCGGUAAGCAAGAAUCUUGCAUAUGUUUAAACUUUCUUUAAAAGCACGCGCUUGCUUCUCUUUUUUUAAUUAAACAAAAAAGGCCACAUUUUCUAUUGUACCCAGCCCCAUUUUCUAAAGAUGUCUUCAAAUAGCCUCACUAUUUUUCUCACUGCAACAUUCACGCAUUUAGGUCAAUCUUAGUUUUCCUGCCCACGAUCUCGCUAUAGUCAGACUGCUUUGUUUGCCCUGCCAAAAUAACAGUGAACAACAUCUUAAAUGUUAAUGUUUUUAUUAGAUUUCCUGCAGAACAACUACCUCAGCAGCCCACAUUGGCGUUCUGUGCAAGACAUGACGCUGCUAAACGCAGAGAAAAAGAUUUCUUCAGCAAACCCGAUCCCUACAUCGACGAAUGGAUGCUGUUAACCGGUCGCGUGCGCAAAGUGUUCGAUGUGAUAAAAUUCGUCAAAGUUCAUCCAGAUGUUGACCAUUUUAUAUUCGCAACCCGAAGAUGUUUGAAAUGCCCAAUUAUGCGUGAUGAGUGCCCUAUCAUUCAAGCGAAACAGAGAGUCAAUGAGCAAGAGGAAAAGGAGGCAGAACGUGUGCGAGAGAACGAAAGUUUAGCUAUAAAAGGAGAAGUAGAGGAGGAGGAAGAACAGAAUUCAUCACCUGAAGAUGUUUUCCAAAUAAUUUCGACACAGACGGGUUGGGUUAUGAAUGACGACAAGUACAUGUCCAAAGUAUACGAGCACAUUAGAUGGCGGUAAGCAAGCAUCUUGCAUACGUGUUCACGUUACUUCAAUUUUUUUAUGUAAAUUUCAUUGACUUUUAGCAAGGAUUUUAAAUAACUAAACGUUCUUUAAAAACACGCGUUUGCUUAUCUUUUUAUACAAAAAAAGUGUCACAUGCUCUAUUGUACCCAGCCCCAUUUUCUACAGAUGUCUUCAAAUAGCCUCACUAUUUUUCUCACUGCAACAUUCACACAAUUCGGCCAAUCGUAGUUUUUCUGGCCACGAUCCCCCUAUAGUCAGAAUACUAUGUCUGCCCUGCCAAAAUCACAUUUAACAACAUCUUUAAUUUUAACGUUCUUAUUAGAUUCCCUGCAGAACAACUACCUCAGAGGCCAACAUUGGCGUUCUGUGCAAGACGUGAUGCUGCCAAACGCAGAGAAAAAGAUUUCUUCAGCAAACCCGACCCCUACAUCGACGCGUGGAUGCUGUUAACCGGUCGCGUGCGCAAAGUGUUCGAU